AACUAAACCCAUCUCUGCCCCUCCUCAACCACAUAGACCAUCAUCCAUCGAAGCAGCGAAGCAGCAAAACAACCAAUCCUCCCAGCACCAGCGACAAUGGUUCAAACCGACUACGACGCCCUCCUCGAGAUGGGUUUCGACCCCGAGCGCACGCGGCUAGCCGUGGACAGGACCAAGGGUCUCCAGGAUGCCAUCGACUGGCUCGACAAGAACUCCUCUAAGUCUCUCGACGAGCUCACCAGCAGCAAGCCCGCGCAAGCUCUCGGCACCGCCACCGCUUCGUCCUCAUCCUCGGGAGACCUCGAUGCCGACGGCGACCGCGCCGAGGCUAGCGGCACCGCGGCCAGUCUCAAGUGCUCCGACUGCGGAAAACUUUUCUCGUCGGCGGACCGCGCGCAGUUCCAUGCAAGCAGGACUGAUCACCAGAACUUUGAGGAGUCGACGGAGGCUAUCGUGCCGUUGACGGAGGAGGAGAAGAAGGCGAAGCUUGUGGAGCUGCGCGAGAGACUCGCGGCCAAGCGCGCCGCGCAAUCCACCAUCGACCUAGCCGAAACCAAGCGGAACGAGGCGAUCCGGCGCAAGAAGACGCAAGAGACCGAGCAGCUGAAGGAAGACAUGCGGCGCAAGGAGCAGAUGAAGGCUGUCGAGGCCAACAAGCGCGAGAAGCUCGAGGACGCCAAGGCCAAGGAGCGCGUCAAGCAGAAGAUCCGCGAGCAGCAGGAGAUGAAGCGUGCCGCCGCCGAGAGGGAGAAGGCGCAGAGGGAGGGCAGAGCCGUUCCUGAGGCUGCUGCCUCCGCUGCCCCCGCUGCCCCCGUCGAACAGCCAAAGAGGGUCAUCGCCAGUCACUCGGAAGCGAGGCUGCAGCUUAGGCUUCCCGCUGGUCAACAGCCGCUCAUCAAGACUUUCCCUGCUGAGACUACGCUUUUCGAGGUGGCCAGCGCGGUGCAGGAGGAGAGAGGAUUCGCUCCGACUUCGUUCACCAUGACUUUCCCACGCAAGGUUUUCCAGCAAGGAAUCGACUUUGGCCUGACAUUGAAGGAGGCUGGCAUGGUUCCUUCCUGUGCUCUGAUAGUCAGCUGAUCGAUCGGUAUGGCUAGAACUGGACGGGACUCUAUAUUAGUUGCAUGGUAGCAUAAGUUUUCUGUCACUGGGAACAGAAUGCUCAGUUCUCGAAGUCAUCGUAAUGCAAACAAACUGAUAUUGAAAAACAAAGCCAUCUACAUGACAAAAUAAGAGUAAACAAAAAUACAG